AUGGCGAAGAAAAGAAAGGCAUCGGCGCCUGCUCGCAGUGGCCCCAAAGAGCUCGACCCCGCUGACGCUCGCCUGGGCCCCAUCACCACUUACGAAGAUGUCGCCGAUUCCGAGGACGAGUAUUUCAUUAACCGAGACAAGAUCAUGUUCGACGAAGGCCCACAAUCGAAGAGGAGAAAGAGGGCUGAAGAAGAGGACAAGUUUUUGGAGCACUCGGACGAGGAGAUUCUGGAUCUCGAUGAUGGUGACGACUCUGAAGAAGAGGACACCAAAAAGGCCAGCCGCAAGUCCAAGAAGGGCAAGGCUGCACCUGAGUCCGAUGAAGAGGGCGAGGAGGAAGGGGAUGAGGCUGACCCGAGCUGGUGGGGUUCUUCGAAGAAAGAAUACUAUAACGCCGACCAGAUCGAGACUGAGGCCGAUGCCCUUGAAGAGGAAGCUGAGGCCAAGCGCCUGCAGCAAAAGAAGCUGGCCAAGAUGUCCGAAGAAGAUUUCCUAUUCGACGAAGGGGAGUGGCUGGCAUCGAAACCAGAUGAGGCGGAAGAACAGGAGGUUGUCACCGAGGUUCUCAAGGAUAUUGAGAUCACGGAUGAUAUGGGCCCUGAAGAGCGCAGGAAAAUGCUCCAAAGCAGGUACCCUGAAUUUGAGCAUCUCGUGAAUGAAUUCCAGGAGCUGCAACCAAAGCUUGUUACGCUACAAAAGGAGGCACACGGAAAGUCAAGCCAAUCGCUUGAGGCGGUUAGAUACUGGAUACUAGGUUGCUACGUCGCUGCUCUCGCGAGCUACUUUGCAAUUCUCACAUCGCCAGCACGGGACGGAUCGUCAACGCAGAAGACUUUGGAUCCUGCCGAGCUCCGCGACCAUGAUGUCAUGGAGACUCUUCUCGAGUGCCGCGAGGCAUGGCAGCAAGUUCAGAGCGUGACACCAGCUCAACCAGUUGACUCCAUGGAUGUUUCCGAAGAGGAGCCGGUUGCCGAGGAGGACGAAGACGAAGCUGCUUUUGCCGCGGCAAGAGAAGAGGCUCGGAGACAAAAGAAGCUGCAGAAGGCGGCUAAGGCGAAGAAGAAGCAAGCUCAGGUCGUCGAGGACUCACUUGCCGACCUUGAUGACCUUCUCAGCCAGUCUAAGAAGAGCAAGAAGGCGAAGAAGGCCGCCAAGGCCGCGGAUGAUGACGACAACUCCGAUUUUGGCGAGGAAGAGAUACUCGACGCCCGUACAGCCGCCGACAAAGCCGCUCGCAAGAAGUCUUUACGCUUCUAUACUUCACAAAUUGUGCAAAAGGCCAACAAGCGUGCCGACGCCGGUCGCGACGCUGGCGGCGACAUGGAUAUCCCCUACCGCGAGCGUCUCAGAGACCGCCAGGCGCGUCUCAACGCCGAAGCCGAACGCCGUGGUCAAAAGGGUUCCAAGUUUGGUGCGGAUCUUGGGGAUGACGGCAGCGGCGAUGAAAACGAUGCCAAGACGGCCGCCGCUCUCCGGGAUGACGGCGAUGACGAGUACUACGACAUGGUCGCUGCCAAGAGCAAGAAGAAGAAGGAUGAGAAGACGGCAUUCUACGACGCGCUCGCGGCGGCCCGCAAGGCGGAUCGUGUCGUCGAGCAGGAGAUCGUUGGGGAGGAUGGCAAGCGCAAGAUCACGUACGCAAUUGAGAAGAACAAGGGUCUUACGCCGAAGCGCAAGAAGGAGGUACGCAACCCGCGUGUCAAGAAGAGGAUGAAGUACGAGGAGAAGCAGAAGAAGUUGAGGAGCAUGAAGCCCGUGUGGAAGGGAGGUGAACCCAAGGGCGGCUACGGUGGUGAGCUGUCGGGUAUCACAACGGGUAUUGUCAGGGCGAGAAAAUUGUAA